GGCGAGCGCAUGCGGGACUGGCCAGCAAAGCCACAUCCGCUUUCAGGCUUUCGGUUUCUUUGCCUCCAUCUUGCCUGCGAUUUUCAGGUAUCAGAGGAGUGAAGUCUUGACGGGUCGCAGCCAAAGGAGAGCCUAGCCGCGGGCAGGACGAACUCCUCCAUUGGAAAGGAUUCUGAAAGAAAUGAAGAAAACCAUCAGAAAUGCAAUCGGUAGCUUCAUGGCCUUCUGUUGACUGGACUAGACUUUUCUUACCGCUGUUCCUUGGAAUGACACUGUACAGGAUGUCUGCUGAGGUUAUCCAUCAGGUGGAAGAAGCACUUGAUGAAGAUGAGAAGGAGCUGCUGCUUUUUCUGUGCCGAGACGUUGCUGCAGAUGUGGUUCCACUUAAUGUCAGGGACCUUCUGGAUGUUUUAAGAGAGAGAGGAAAGCUGUCUUUUGUGAGCUUGGCUGAGCUGCUCUACAGAGUAAGGCGGUUUGACUUGCUCAAGAGGGUCUUGAAGAUGGACAGACCGACAGCGGAGGCCCUCCUGCGCAGGCACCCACAUCUUAUUUCGGACUAUAGGGUGCUGUUGAUGGAAAUUGGUGAGGGUUUGGAUAAAUCGGAUGUGUCCUCAUUAAUAUUCCUCAUGAGAGAUUAUAUGGGCCGAGGCAAGAUAGCCAAGGAUAAGAGUUUCUUGGAUCUUGUGAUUGAAUUGGAGAAGCUAAACCUGGUUGCUCCAGAUCACUUGGAUUUAUUAGAAAAAUGCCUAAGGAACAUCCACAGAAUAGACCUGAAGACAAAAAUCCAGAAAUACAAGCAGUCUGCUCAAGGAGUGGAAACAAAUUAUGUAAAUGCUCUCCAGGCAUCUCUGCCAAACUUGAGUGUUAAGGAUCCUUCAUAUAACCUAAGGUUCCAGAAUGGGAGGAGUAAAGAACACAGACUCAUGACGGGACAACGUGACAUUCAGAGAGAACCAGUGAAGACAUCCAUUCAGGAAUCAGAAGCAUUUUUACCUCAGCACAUACUGGAAGAGAGAUACAAGAUGCAGAGCGAGCCCCUGGGAAUCUGCCUGAUAAUUGAUUGCAUUGGCAAUGACACAGACAUUCUUGAGGAAACCUUCACUGCCCUGGGCUAUGAAGUCAAGCGUUUCUUACAUCUCACUGUGGAAAAUAUAAUGCACAUUCUUGGCCAAGUUGCGCACAUGCCCCAACACCAAGACUACGACAGCUUCGUGUGUAUCCUGGUGAGCCGAGGGGGCUCCCAGAGCGUGUUUGGCGUGGAUCAGACUCACUCAGGGGUCCCUUUGGAUCAUAUCAGAAGGAUGUUCAUGGCAGAUGCAUGCCCCUCUCUCUCAGGGAAGCCAAAGGUCUUUUUUAUUCAGAACUAUGUGACAUCAGAGGGCCAGCUAGAGGACAGCAGCUUCCUGGAGGUGGAUAGGCCAUCAGUGAAAAGUGUAGAAUCCAAGGCCAGGCAGCCCGGGGCCUGCGUGAUUCACCGAGAAGCUGACUUCUUCUGGAGCCUGUGCAAAGCGGACGUGUCCCUGCUGGAGCGGUCCUCCCCUUCACCGUCACUGUACCUGAAGUGCCUCUCCCAGAAGCUGGGGAAAGAAAGAAAACACUCACUCCUGGAACUCCACAUUGAACUCAACAGCAAGGUGUAUGAUUGGAACAGCAGAGUGUCUGCUAAGGAGAGUUUUGUGGUUUCUGUUGGAGAGAUGGAGACGCUUUAUUAAGACACAGUAGGAUUUGGACACUGUCCUCAUAAGAGAUGUAAUCCACAAGGAAAAGUUCUGACUGAAUCAUCAGUAUAGACCAGCUUUUGAACCUGGUUUACAGUGAAUAAGAGUUUGAAAGAUACAUACACAAAACUGAAUAUAAAGAAAAAACAGUAGCACUUCCCUGGUGGUGCAGUGGUUAAGAAUCCACCUGCCAAGGCAGGGGACACAGGUUCGAGCCCCAGUCUGGGAAGAUCCCACAUACUGCAGAGCAACUGAGCCUGUGCACCACAACUACUGAGCCUGCGCUCUAGAGCUUGUGAGCCACAACUACUGAGCCCACGUGCCACAACUACUGAAGCCCGGGCACCUAGAGUCCGUGCUUCACAACAGGAGAAGCCACCGCAAUGAUCAGCCCAUGCACUGCAACUAGAGAAAGCCCACGCACAGCAAUGAAGACCCAACACAGCCAAAAAUAAAUAAAUAUUAAAAAAAAACCCAACAACAACAAAAAAAGAAGAAACAGUAACUCUGCACAUAUGUUUAGGAUCGCCACAGAUAAUGACUCCAAAGGACUCACUGCUUGUAAAUCCACAAUUUCUUGUUUCCCAGCCAGACCCUUCCUUGCCUACAGUAGCCCCAGAGAUGGAAAUGUAGGAUUCAGUCAAGGCCAUUAAACGUAAUGACUGAUUUUUCAAGAACCUGCCCUCUCUAUUCCAAGCAACACUUCCUCUGCUUCUCCUUCUUGUGCCAUACCAAAGCUGCAAGACCCAUGGGUCCAGGCUUUUCCACUUUGGCUCUAUCACACACUUAAUAAGCAAACAUUCAAGAAAUACAAAUUCUUUUCAAUAAAUGCCUCUGCAAUAUCGGCUGGUAUACACUGAGUAUCACAGAUUAAUCCAACUCCCCACAAGGGUCACCUAAAAGGUAGAUUACAGGUGAACAAGUAGUCCUAUAUACAUGCUCAUAGCCCUAGGCACAGCAGACAAAAAGUGGAAACAACGCAAAUGUCCAUCAGAUGAAUGGAUAAACCAAAUAUGGUAUAUCCGUACAAUGGAAAGUUAUUUAUCUAUAAGAAGGAAUUAAGUACUGAUAUAGGCUACAAUGCAGAUGAACCUCAAAAACGCUAUGCUAACUGAAAGAAGUCAGACACAAAAGGUCACAUAUUGUAUGACAGUAUUUAUAUGAAAUGUCCAGAAUAGGUAAAUCUAUAGAGACAAAUAGCAGAUUGGUGGUUGCCAGGGACUGGGGUGAGAGGGGAUUGGGGAGAGACUGCUUAAGGAGGACAAGGUCUCCUUUGAGGUUCUUGAAAUGUUUUGGAACUAGAUAGAUGUAAUGGUUGCACAACAUUGUAAAUGUACUAAAAGCCACUGAAUUGUACACUUUAAAAUAGUACAUUUUAUGUGGAUUUCACCUCAGUUUUUAAAAAAAGGGGAAAAAGGAGAAGAUUAAGAUAAUUUAUUAAUUGCUCCACAAACAUUUCUCCCCAACCUUUUUUCUUUUUAAUAAACAUUAUGUUUAAGAGUAACUUUAGGUUUGCAGAAAAUUUGUGCAGAAAGUACAGAGUUUCCAUAUAGCCCCCCAUGCCCCACAAUUCUCCUCCUAUUAACACCUUGCAUUAUUGCAGUACAUUUUUACAGUUGAUGAACAAUAUUGAUACAUUAGUAUUAAAUGAAAGUCUACUAGGGUUUACAUUAGGGCUCAUUCCAUGUUGUAUAGUUCCUGGUUUUGACAACUGCAUAAUGUCAUGUAUGCACCAUUACUGUAUCAUACAGAAUAGUUUCACUGCCCUAAAAAUCCUUUGUGCUCCUCAUAUUCAUCCUUCUCUCUCCCUAAGCCCCUGGCAACUGCAGAUCUUUUUAUUUUCUCUAUAGUUUUGCCUUUUCCGGAAUGCCAUACAUUCUGUAGCCUUUUCAGACUGACUUCUUUCACUUAGUGAUAUGUGUUUAAAAUUCCUCCAUGUCUGGUUUCCCUGGUGGCGCAGUGGUUAAGAAUCCACCUGCCAAUGCAGGGGACACGUGGUUCGAGCCCUGGUCCAGGAAGAUCUCACAUGCCGUGGAGCAACUAAGCCCGUGAGCCACAACUACUGAAGCCCACGCGCCUAGAGCCUGUGCUCUGCAGCAAGAGAAGCCACCGCAACGAAGAGUAGCCCCCGCUCACCGCAACUAGAGGAGGUCUGUGCGCAGCAAUGAAGACCCAAUACAGCCAAAAAUAAAUAAAUAAAAUAAGUUAAUUUAAAAAAAUCCUCCAUGUCUUUUCAUAUCUUGAUAACUCAUUCCUUUUUAUUGCUGAAUAAUACUUCAUUAUAUAGAUAUACCAGAGAUUGUUCAUUCACCUACUGAAGGCCAUCUUGGUGGUUUCCAAGUUUUGGCAUUUUGAAUAAAGCAGUUAUAAACACAUUUGUGUGCUGAUUUUUUUUUUUUUUUUUUUUGCGCUGUACGUGGGCCUCUCACUGUUGUGGCCUCUCCCGUUGUGGAGCACAGGCUCCGGACGCACAGGCUCAGCGGCCAUGGCUCACGGGCCCAGCUGCUCCGCAGCAUGUGGGAUCUUCCCGGACCAGGGCACGAACCCGCGUCCCCUGCAUCGGCAGGCGGACUCUCAACCACUGCGCCGCCAGGGAAGCCCUGUGUGCUGAUUUUUGUGUAGAUGUAAGUGUUCAACUCAUUUGAGUGAAUACCUAGGAGAGCAAUUUCUAUAUUGUAUGGUAAGCCUAUGUGUGUGUAACUUUGGAAAAAACUGAAAGCGUGUAUUCCUGAGCGGCUGCACCAUUUUGUAGAGUUCCUUUGCUCCACAUCCUUGCCAACAUUUGGUGGUGUUAGUGGUUUGUAUUUCAGCUAUUUUAGUAGCUAUGUAGCGAUAUCAUAUAUUUUUUAUUCUUUUUUUUUUUUUUUUUUUUUUGUGGUACGCGGGCCUCUCACCGUUGUGGCCUCUCCCGUUGCGGAGCACAGGCUCCGGACGCACAGGCUCAGCGGCCACGGCUCACGGGCCCAGCCGCUUUGCGGCAUGUGGGAUCUUCCUGGACCGGGGCACGAACCCCUGUCCCCUGCAUUGGCAGGCGGACUCUCAACCACUGCGCCAUCAGGGAAGCCCGGAAAGUCAGUGAUUUUGAAUAAACACAUCUGUAUUCUUUGUUUCAUUUUAUACAGAGCACAUAUUAUUGUAACUUUAAAAUGUAAAAUAAAAAUUACUUAUUGUUAAAAAUGUUCAUUCUCUUUUAAUAUAUAUAAACACAAUAUGUUCAUUUUAAACAUAAAUGGCAUAAUAUUUUAACACUGUUUUCUCUCUUUUCAUUUAUGUGGUCAUGCCUAUACCUAUAUGUCUCUGUAUGACAAGUCAUUCCCAGUUUUUCACUAUUUGAAUGAUGAUAUAAGAAACAUCUUUUCUUCUUUAUUUGGUAAGGACUUCCUGCCCCAGACGUCCGAUUCUUAGUCCCUCACGUCGGAUUCUUAGUCCCGCUGUUGGCAUAGGUCAGUCCUCUUCCAAGACUGAACAUUAUUUCAAGUCUCUUGUAUCUUUAAUCUCUUCCUCUCUCUUUGAGCCUUCAGUCUGAAAACAAGCUCUGCUUCCCCCUUCAAAUAAAGUCCCUCUCUUUCAAGCCACUGUCUUAUGUGAAUUUUAGGCUAGUCUACACCCUCUCCAUUUCACCUUUCCCAUUCACUCCAUACUUCCCUGCCAUCUGGAUUUCACCUUAAUCAUUUUAGCAAAUCUACAAGAUCCAUGGGUCACAUGAACCAUAGUUACCAAACCAGUGGUCCUUGGACCCUGGCGUCAUAGUUUUCUUACUUCUCCAGGGUGUUCCACUAUGAAGUUCUAUCAAGGACUUCCUGGCCAAGUCUUCCUGGUAUCUUUCUCCUCCUCAUCCUUAAAUGUGGAUAUCCCCAAGGAUCACUCUAUUGUUUUCUCUUUAUAUAUUUUUCUUUUGACAACCUUGUAGCUUCAAUUACUGCUUCUAUGCCAAUAACAAGAGGGAUGUUCAAGCCCAGACUCUUCAAGUUCAAAUCUCACCCUCAACCUCCUGGUAGACUUUUCCACUUGAUUUUCCCUCUGGUACCUCAAACUCAGUAUAUGGCGAACAUAAAAAAAACCUCCAUUCCCAAUCUGCUCUUUUACCCGCGUCUCCAGUAUUAGGUAACAGCAUCACCCCAACAUCAGUUUCAUCCUGGUCUCCCCUCUCCUGUGUUUCUACAUCUGGCUAAAUCUAAAUCAGGUUAGUUCUGCAACUACAAGGUCUUUUCCAUCUAUCCCCAUCAUUACAUUUCCUCUGCGCGCUCAUUACUCCUCCACUGAACUAUGACGACAGCUUUCUCACUGAUAUUGCCCCCAGCCUAUGAUCCUAUGAUCAUGUCAUACACAGCAACCCAAAGAAUCUUUCUCAACAUAUCUUUAUCAUUUUCCUCCUUAGAAGCCUUCAAGAUUCUCCAAUGCAUACACAAUAAGAUUGUGGCUGGAGGUUGGGAUGAGGGACAGGAUGGGGGAGUGGGGUGUUGCUGGUGGAAGUCCUGGAGUCCAAAGGCCCAGAGAACCAGGAACUCCAAAGUCUGAGAGCAGAAGAGGAUGUCCCAGCUCAAGAAGAGAGAGAGAGAAAAUUCACCAUUUCUCCGCCUUUUUUGUUCUAUUCAGACCUCAGUGGCUUGGAUGUGAUGCCCACCCACUUUGGUGAGGACAGAUCUUCUUUACUUAGUCUACUGAUUCAAAUGCUAAUCUCUUCUAAAAAACAUCCUUACAGACGCACCCCAAAAUAAGGUUCACUUGAUCUCUGGGCAUCCUUUCGCUUAAUCAAGUUGACACAUGAAACUAACCAUCAGAAAGUUGUUUGUGACAUAUUCUAGAUCUUCCUUUUUUUUUCUUAUUGAACUAUAAUUCACAUUUCAUAAAACUUCAUCCUUUUAAAGUGUACAAUUUUUUGGUUUUUAAUGUAUUCACAGUUGUGCAGUCAUCACCAUGACCUAAUUUCAGAACAUUUUCAUCUACCUACAAAAGAAAUUCUAGGACUUCCCUGGUGGUCCAUGGGUAAGAUUCCACGCUCCCAAUGCAGAGAGCCCGGCUUCGAACCCUGGUCGGGGAACAAGAUCCUGCAUGCGUGCCGUGACUAAGAGAUCACAUGCCAUAGCUUAGAAGCCGGCAUGCCGCAACAAUGAGCCCACAUGCCGCAACUAAAAGAUCCCGCGUGCCACAACUAAGACCCCGUGCAGCCUAAAUAAAUAAAUAAUAAUAAAAAAAGAAAUCCCGUACCUAUUAGCCAUCAUUCCAUAUUCCUCCCUGCCUCCUAGCCCCUGGAUUACCACUUUCUGUUUCUACACAUUUUCCUACUCUGGAUAUUUCAUAUAAACAGAUCAUUCAAUACACGGCCUUCUGACUUCUUUCAUUUAGCAUAAUGUUUUCAAGGUUCAUCUAUGUUGUAGAAUAUGUAAGUACUUCAUUUUGUUUUAUGUCUGAAUAAUAUUUCAUUGUAUGGUUAUACCAUAUUUUGUGUAUUCAUCAUUUGAUGGACAUUUAGAUGGCUUCUACUUUUUGUCUAUUAUGAACGAAGCUGCUAUGAGUAUUCAUGUAUAAGUUUCUGUGUGGAUAUAUGUUUUCAAUUCUCUUGGGUAUAGACGUAAAAGUGGAAUUGUUGGGUCAUAAAGUCAGAAUUGAAUUGCUGGUAACUCUAUGUUUACGUUUUUGAGGACUGCCAAACUGUUUUUCACAGUGGCUAUACCACUUUACAUUCCCACCAGCAGGGUAUGAGGGUUCCAAUUUCUCUACACUCUCUCCAACACUUGUUAUUUUUUGUCUUUUUUAUUAUAAACAUCCUAGUGGGCAUGAAUUAGUAUCUCAUUGUGGUUAUGAUUUGUAUUUUCCUACUGACUAAUGAUAUUGAGCAUCUUUUCAUGUGUGUAUUGGCCAUUUUUACAUUGUUUUUGAAGAAACAUCUAUUCAGUACUUUCCCAUUUAAAAAUUGUCUUUUGGGACUUCCCUGGCAGUUCAGUGGUUAAGACUUCGCCUUCCAAUGCAGCGGGUGCGGGUUUAAUCCCUGGUCGGUGAGAUAAGAUCCCACAUGCCUCAUAGCCAAAAAAAAACCCAAAAAACCCCAAAACAUAAAACAGAA